AUGUCUCAUUUACCACGUCGACCUCUUAACAGACCACCCGCCUACUAUAAAAUCAAACGACAUCCUUUUGCCCUUUUUGGAUUGCCACUUGUUAUUUCAAUUGUGGCUGGUUCAUUUGCUCUUAGUCAUUUGACACAAACUAGAUAUGAAGUUCAUUCGAAUAAAACUCGCAAGGUUGAAAAAGAAGAAUUGCUUCAAAUGAAUAAAGAUAGACAAUUACCCAAUCUUCAGGAAGAAUAUUGGAAGUUACAAUUAGAUAAAGAACAACUUGAUGAUUGGGAAAUCAAACGUGUUGAAAGAACCAAAGAACAAUUUGACG